CUCCUAUAAAAGCCAGCAUGCGCAAGGAAGAGAAGUCGCCCGUUGUUUUCUACAAAUUCCCGUAUUCCUCACUAACCUCCAUACAUUCAAACUAGUAGUAACUACAUAAUGUCCGUCGACUCACGUUCACUGGGCGUAACCAAAUACCAGGUAUUUUGCGCCACAAUGGCCGCCCUGGGCAGCGUAAACUUUGGCUGGAACAUCGGCGUCAUCAACAUCCCCGGUGACGUUAUCUCCAACUGUGUCACUGGUCCCAGUCACUACAACGGUCCCUUCCCCUCAUGCAUCCAGACCGAGUCCACCAUCUGGGGCGUGGCUGUUGCCCUGGCCGACAAGCAUGGACGCAAAUUCGUGCUCACCUGGGCUCCUCUACUAUCUGUAUGCGGCGCCCUACUACUGUCGCUAUCAACCACCCUGGCGCAGUUCAUUAUCGGCCGGAUAUUCGUCGGCAUUGCCGCUGGGCUCUGCAAUGGCACUGUGUCGGUGUCGCGCGAUAUCCUGAGCGGCACGAUUCAGCUAGCCACGGGUAUCGGCAUUAUGCUGGCGAAUCCUUGUCUCUGGGGCUGUCGAGGCCGCCGCUGUGGCGCGUUUUAUUUGCUGUCACCGGGUGAUUGGCGUCCUGACAACUCUUCGCCCAAAUGGUUGGUGGCGCAUGGCCGCACUGACCAGGCGCAUAGUGCGCUGGCACGGCUGCGCAAGAACGCUGAUAUUACUUUGGAGCUCCAGGAUAUGAUUGCGGAUGCUGCGCGGCAGGCGACCCAGGCAGAGAAGGCACCCAAGGCCAAUGUUCUGGAUGUGCUAAUGGGCCGCACGCCCGAUAACUUGCGGCACCAGCUGGUGGUGGUCAGCACCGUGAUGCUGUUUCAGCAAAUGUCGGGCAUCAAUGCAAUCUUCAACCGCACAACCCAUGACGACCCGUCGCAGAUCCCAACCACCGCCCAGAUCCUCUCCCUUGUCAUUUCCAUUGUGGCUGCCAUUUCGGUGUUCGCCGGCAUGCUCCUGUGCGCGCGCUUCGGCCGCCGCACUCUGAUGCUGCUGUCGCAUGGCACCAUGGCUCUCUUCUCGCUGCUGAUGGUCGUCGGGUCCAUUACUGGCACCAACGCCCUGGUCAUCACCAUGAUGACGCCAGCGUACGCCAUGACGGCCAUGGCGGCUAUCGGCGGCGCUGUCAAUUAUGCCUUUACUUUUGCCAUCGGCGUGUUCUUCCCGCCCAUGCAGGAGGCGCUAGGCGACUAUACAUUCUUUUUCUUCAUGGGCUUCAAUAUCCUGGCCUUUGUCUUCUGCUUCUUCUUUUUGCCCGAAACCAAGGGCUAUAGAGUCGAAGACGUCGUCGCUGUUCAUACAAUUGGUCUUCACUGUGUCCUUGGCAGCCGCUACACUAUCCGCACUCGGGAGCAAUCUGGUGGAUAUUUGCUAAACGUUUUAUUGACGAUAAGAAACCGAUAA